AUGAAUCCCGACGACUACGAUUUGAGUGCAUCGGAUGGCUGCAGACGGGCCUUGACUCGAGCCUUGUUCGAUGCCGUUAAUGAAGCCAAGGCGGAAUGCUUGGCACAAAUGCAGCGGGAGCAGGCAGCGGCGGAGGCGCGGGUCCCUCGCCCGAUACGACGUCGGACGUUUGUCUCCCGCGAGCACGACGUAGCGCACGAACGUCUGUUCGCAGAUUAUUUUGCCGAGAAUCCAAGGUGGGGCCCGAAUGUUUUUCACCGACGUUUUAGAAUGAGCCGAGAUCUUUUUCUCCGCAUUGUGCACACGUUGGAGGGACGUGAUGAGUACUUCCAGUAUCGGGAAGACGGGAUCGGCAGACCCGGACUUACGCCGUUGCAGAAGUGCACGGUUGCGAUCCGCCAGUUGGCCUACGGCACAACAGCGGAUAUGUUCGACGAGUACCUUCACGUCGGGGAUACAACUGGCCGCGAAUGUCUCAAGACUUUUUGUAAGUUAGUUGUGGAGGCUUUUGGCGACACAUAUUUGCGACGCCCGACUGCUGACGAUUGCCAGAGCCUGAUGCGGAUGCACGAGACGGUGCACGGCUUCCCUGGGAUGCUAGGGAGCAUCGACUGUAUGCACUGGCAGUGGAAGAACUGCCCGACGGCCUGGAGAGGCCAAUUUACUAGCGGCUACAAGGGCAGCAUUCAAAUGCUAGCAAGGUUAAUCUGA